AUGGUUAGAUUGACUCAAUUUCUAGGAUUUGUGGUUCUCAUUGCCACAUGCGUGUCAGGUGUAUUUCUAGAAGAUGCAUUCACAAAAAACUGGGUCAAAUAUAAUCACGCGUUGAUCAAAUCAUUUGAUGCUAUUCAAGACUCAAGCUUCGUUGGUGUUACUCUCGAUGGUGAAUUAGUCAAGUACAAUUUAACAAAUGAGGCCGUACUUUCUUGGAAGGUUACCGUUCCGUUGAAUGAUGUGGAAUAUUUGAUCAACGGUGGCACGAUCCUUACCUACUCCACAAGUGAAGACACGAUCUAUUUGUGGGACAUUCAGUCUGGGGUGCUAUUAAACAAUUAUCAAGUGGGUCCUGUCAAAUAUAUUUCCCGAUCAUUUGGUGGAUUCAUUGUUUUGUCCAGUAACAGUUUGUUAACAUUUGUAGACGGAAACCUUUCAAAAGAGAUUGCAACGUCUGUCGGCGAUAUAUGGGCAUCUGAGUUCAAUGGACUUACUUACAUUGUUACCGACGACUCCAAGUUGCUCAAAUUGGAUCCUAAUUUCAAAUAUACUACUGUUGAUAUUAACGUGAAAUUCAGCAAGAUAUCACAGAUAGUCGGAAACCGUGUUCUCGUGAACGGACAGGUGUUUGACUUAGAUAAGAACCAAAUUACUACAAAGGCAAAGGUAACUGGUCUUUUUGAAUCUGAACCGGCUUAUAGCUUGGAGAAGAACAAGUUUAAGAUUAUAAAGGAUGACAAGGUUGUACUUGAAGAUGACUUCGAAGAAAGUAGUGUCAAGGUUCUUCAAAAUUACUUGCUUGUGGACUCUGAAGAUGAACGGAAGGUUAUCGACUUGAAGGGGUUUUUCGAGAGUCUUGAUGAAACCUCGAUCAACUUGGAAAGCUACAAUCAUAGCAUUACCGGAAAGGAUUAUAUAUUUGGUAAUGAAAUUGUGAGUUUAAUUGUCACUGGAAAGUUCAUUCAGUUCUCCAGAUAUAAUAUUUUGUUGGACAAAGUUGCUCAUUACAAUUACCACAUCAAUACCUACAACUUGAACUUCCCAAAGGCUUUGUUAAUCAAUAAACCCGAGUCCAAACAAACAAUGGAUUCCAUUCAGCAUUUGGUGGAUGAAAUUCAGCAAAAUAACGUACUUUCCAGGUUCAUUAAGAGAACUAGAAGACAUUUGGUCGAGUUUGGUAAAAGUAUUAUAUCUAAAGUUACCCGGUUAGAUUUUAAUUCUGACCAUAUAGAGAUCACAAAUCCAUAUGAUUUAGAGAAAUUGUUGGUAUUUGUGGAUGAUUCAAAACUUGUUGCUGUUGACUCCUUAAAUGGAGAUGGGGUUUGGGAAACUGUUAUAGAAGAUGGUUUACUUGAUUUGGAAGAAAAUGGAGAUACAAUGUCAUUGGUUUAUGGUGAUAAGGCUAUCACCGUUAGCACAAGAGAUGGUGAAAUAAUCGACUCUCAUGACCGCACUAGCAGUGUCGACUUACCCCAAGGUACUAUCUAUGUGAAGCAAGUCGAAAAUUCUAUUCAAAGCUAUAAAUAUGUGGAUGGUAAACUUAUUCCCACAUGGAAGUUUGCAAAGGAUAAGAUCAUCAACUUUGCUAUAAAACCAAAUACGAAAACGGGAUCUGUGGGUAUAGCUUUACAUGAUAAAUCUGUGUUGUACAAAUACUUGAAUGAUAAUUCUAUUGCUGUUAUAGCGGAAGAGGAUGGCAUUUUAAAGUUGUACUUAAUAGAUGGUAAGUCUGGAAAUGUGAUUUACGUUCAGGAGCACCUUAAAAGUGAUAACAUUGACACCAAAAGUAUUAAAUUGAUUUUGGAUGAUAACUGGAUUAUCUACUCUUACUUUGUAACGGAGCCAAAGUACGAACAAAGAAUUCUGGUGGUCGAUUUGUUUGGUGAAGCUCCGACUAAGGGUAAUUUCACUGUUCCUAUUUCAUCUUCUUCGAGUAAAUCGUUCAUAUACCCAGAACGUAUUAUUGAUUUGAAGUCCACUUAUACUAGAUUUGGUAUUACCUUGAAAUCAAUUAUUGCUUUAACCGAAGACGGUGAUUUGGUUGAACUUCCUAAAUAUAUUUUGAACAGUCGGAGAAUUGAUGAUAGACAAUUGUCCCAAAAUGACUUUAAAGAUGACUUCAGGAUGCUCCCAUAUGAACCAGUGGUGGCCAGAAACGAUUAUCUGGUAUUGAAUCAUGGAUACAAGUUGGACACCGGAUCUAACAACUUGAUACUCCUUAAAGAUACCAAAUUAGAAUCAACUUCGAUCAUAUGUAUGAUCAACUCUCGAAACAUGUUUUGUACUAGAGUUCAACCUUCUUUGAGUUUUGACAACUUGACAGAAGCUUUUCAAAAGUUCAGGCUAAUAAUAACCAUUUUUGUUCUAUUUGUGGCAUACUUCGUUACCAAACCAAUGGUUAUUAAGAAAAACUUGAAUAGUCAGUGGAUUUACAAAGCUUAG